AUGCCCCAUCUCCCUGAGUCCCAGCACCCUGCCUAUCCCUUCUCUAGCAGCUCUGGCUUCGCUGGAUCCUUCUCCUGUCUGCCGUGGCCUCCUGGGGCCCCUUGGACUCGGACUCCUUCUCCGCUCCUCCUCAUAAGCCUCUCUUUGCCCGCCUGCUUCCCCCCAAUGCCUUUCCCUCUUCUCAGGCGAAUAUUCCUGGAAUCGCCCUUCUUGCUUCCUCCUUUCCCGCUGCUGCCGGUCCUCUCUCUCAUGAAACUCUCUCCGUUCUUCCUGCCUGCUCCUCAGCCCUUCUCUCCUUCCAGGGACAUAUUCUUCCCAACUUUCCUCCUUUUGUCCCGAUCCAUGGCGUGCCCGCCUGUCGCUCUCUUGCUCUUCCCCGCUCUCUGUUUCAUACUCGUGCAUCCCCUCCCAUCGCAUGUGCUGCUUGUCACCUCUCUUCCUCUGUCCGCUCAGGUCCUGCUUCUCCCUCAUCCCCGCUCCACGUUUCCUUCGCCCUUCUCGCCUUCCCCUGCACCCCUCUCUUUCUUCAGGGCACGAAUUCUUCUCCCGCCGAUCCGGCUUCCCACGUCGGCACCGUUCCAGAUCAUACCCAUAGUCCUCUUCUUCACUAUACUCAUGUUCCUUCUCUUCACGCAGCUCCUGAUCACUCCUUCUCGUCUUCUCCCUCCCUUCCUUCCUCUUAAGGGACUCUCCUUCACAGUGUCUCCCUCGUCCGCCUGCUCCUCGGCGCCCAUGAUCAUCUCUUCCUCUUCCUUUGUCACUUCCCGGGUCCUUCCCUGGGGACACCUCUGGCUGGCAGCGCUCUUCCUCACCCCUUCUCCUGUUUAUCUCUCUCUCCUGCCUCCCCCUUGCCUCUCGGACAGGUUCCUGCACCAAACCUGCUCCUGCACAUGGAUACUCUUCUAUUUCUUCACGGCGCGCUCUCGCAUCCGCACCAGUGGUGUACUGCGACAAACACUUACUGCACUUAACACGCGCUUCCCUCUCCUCCGUCCGCUGCCGUGCAGACGUGCACUGUCACAAUAA